UGUCCAUUGCUUGCUUGUUUGUCUUCGUGCUGUGUUUCCUUGUGCUUGCUGUGUGGUGGUCGCCUGAACCCAUAGCCAUGGCCACCUCCGCCUUUGCUUCCUCUUCCUCGUGCCUCCUGCCUCGCUCCUCUGCCCCUGCAUCUUCUUCUUCUUCUUCUUCUUCGUCGUCGUCGUCCUCCUCCCGUCUCACCUUUUCACGUUGUCGCUUGUUGUCUCGCUCCAUUGGGGCCUCUGACCUGUCCGCUUCUUUCUUCUCCAAUGUCCACCUCGCUGUCACCGCGAGAAGCAGAGAGGGCAGCUCAUCAUGUCGAGGGAAGGUGACUAUGAUGGCGCCCAUCGGCACCCCGAAAGUCCCUUACCGAACUCCAGGAGAAGGAGGGUGGCAGUGGGUCGAUAUCUGGAAUGUGUUGUACCGCGAGCGGAUCAUAUUCCUUGGCCAGUAUAUUGAUGAGGAGUUCGGUAACCAGGUAGUGGCCACCAUGCUCUACUUGGACAGCGUGGAUAACUCCAAACCCAUGUACCUGUACAUCAACUGCCCUGGUGGUGAUAUCACUCCCUGCAUGGCGAUCUACGAUACAAUGGAAAGCAUAAAAAGUCCAGUUGGCACUUUAGCUUUGGGUUACGCCUAUAACAAUGCAGGACUCCUUCUUGCUGCUGGCGCAAAGGGAAUGCGAACAGCUAUGCCACUCACUAGGGUAGCUCUCAUGUCUCCCGCGGGUGCAGCUCGUGGACAGGCUGAUGACAUCAUCAACGAAGCGAAGGAGCUGAAUAGGGUGAGAAACUAUGUAUACGAACAAGUUUCGAAGAAGACUGGUCAACCUGUGGACAAGGUAAUGAAGGACUUGAAUCGUAUCAAACGUUUCAGUGCUAAAGAAGCUUUGGAGUACGGUAUUAUUGACAAGGUUGUGAGACCAAAGCGUAUCAAGCCAGACGCUCGAAGGCAGGAGUCUGUUGGAGUUGGGCUUGGCUAAGGUCCUACUCGAUUUGUUUGUUUUCUGGUAUCGGCCGGUCGUAAUAUUUGCAAGGUGUACUAUCACGACGUGAGUGCUUAUGAACUAGUUAUGCUGUAGAAUAGUUGAAUAGCACCACAUGAAUAGGCAAGCUACCUCAGUAGGGAUUUCCUGUUCUCCGUAUCCUCGAAAUGUUUAGGUACGAUUCUCAUGACUCUGUAAAUCUGACCCCAUUUCAAAACUCGAGUAAAGCAACAACCGCAGGUGUAAUGACUUUUGCGCUUAAGGGAAUGCUUAAAGUAAA